GCACCAGAACCGCACACAUAAUCCUGCAGGAGAGGCUCAUCAACAGUGGCAGCAUAAACGCAAUUAAAAAUAACCAUGACCGGCGCAUUGACAACCUUAAGGGAAGAAGCAUCCCUUUAUUGGCACUAGCUCCCUUUAAUUAAGAAUAGAAUAAGAAAUGGCUACAGAUUCUGUUGCUUGGUUUGAAUUCCUGCUAAAUCCAACAUUACUUGAAUCACACCUAAAUCAAAGUAAUCCUGAGCCUUCAGCAAUCGGGCUCAUCAUCCAGUUUAUUUACAAUUCCAUCAAAAGAAGUGAUGGAGGAAAUAUGGAACUUGAGACCAUGGAUCUUGCCCCCCAAGAAAAUACAAAGAAGAAAAAUGCUCUCUCGGUCCUAGCUCUCAAGACUGCAGCCCAUCUAAACUGGAACUUAGAAACAUUUGAGCAAAAAUUGCCACUCCACAUGUUGGAUGCCCUUUUAGUUGCAUUACUGAUUGAGACGGGAGAGGAAAUGAGCACUCCCUCACUCCACGGAACACUAGACACAGGGCCGUUACUCUCCUAUCAGCUGUUCAGUUUAGCGCUGUAUCAUCGUUAUGCUCUCAGGGCUCUCGUCCAAUCAAAACUUCCAGCCAAGCCGAUAAAGGUUUCUAGUGUGCCUAUUCCUGGACAACAGGACCCAACACAGGAGUCUCGUGAAGUGCAAGAAGGAAUUUUUGAGGUCCUUAGCAGAGGGGCAGAUGUCUCAGUCAGGAUACUGGAGCAGUUGCUGGGUGCAGGGGAGGUUCGUGCACCAGCGCUGGCAACCUUCACUGUCCACACGCACCAGAGCUCAGCCAUCACCCAUCUGUGGGACCGCUGUCACCUAGUCCCUGAUGAACAGUUCAAGUAUCAGAUACACUAUGACUUGGGAGCAUAUCACUAUCUUAAAGAAAGGUUUGAGGAUGCUUAUUCUCACUUUUCUGAAGCACAUAAAUUGAUGUCAGAGUUGGGACCACAACCAGAAUAUUGUCAAGUAAAUAUUGACAAGCUGAAAGGAUAUUACAACAGUUGUGCUUCACUGUGUGGACGAUCAACCCCUGUGGAUAAAAGGUCUCUCUAUGACAGGUUCCUCUACACUAGGGACACGGGAUACCAGGACCUAGUAAAAGUUCUGUCAGAAGAUAACUUGGCAUUUGAAAUACCGUUAUAUAUGCGAAAGAAUCUUGAACUGGACCUGCAAGCAAGGCCUGAGAAAGCUCCCCAAGGACUACUAAUGCAGGUGCAAACCUUAAAUGCAAUUCGCUGCGUGCUGGAAGGGGAGUCCUGGAAUAGCAGUUACCCGCUGCACCUGGCUCAGUCUGGCAAACCAGGAGUGCAGUUUCUGAUUCAGGCAUUAGCAGCAAAGUUCUCGAAGUUCAACAACUCCCACAAGGAAAGGCUGCGCAUGUUCAUAAUGGCCAUUAGCAUCACCUCAAACAUUUGUGAGGUAUUGGUUCCAGCAGUCAGAGCAUGUCCCCCUCUCAAAGCUCUUUUCUCUCAAGAAGAAUUGGUUUUGAUGUGGCCCAAACAUGAAGAAACUAAACUCCAAGCCUACCCUCCAGUUGAUCCAAACAGCCUAAAUGAUAUAAUAUGGGACUUGAUUCACUCAUACAAUCCAGAAGUGCUGAAAAAUGCUGUAAUGCUUUACAAAACAACAUUGCCACCCAGACAAGAUAUACCCAAAAAAGAAGUUCCAGAACUUAGUACCAAGUGGGAGAUGCCCAUCCCCAUAUACAACACUAUAAUGAAGCUCCCCCAAACUCCUCAAAGAGAAUUGGUGUAUCUGUACAUAGCAAAAGCUGUGGAACUCGCUCAGGCCAAGAGCUUUAGGAGUUCAUUGAGCCUUCUGGAAGAUGCCAACAGUCAUGCGGCAAAACUCCCUGGAAGAGAGACUGGUCGCCUCUGCAAGCUUUUGAUGUGGAUGCUUCUCAUGACUAAGAUCCAGCAUUGCCUUCAUGAAUUACCCUGUGUUGACAACUCAGUGAUGAGUGAGCUGACAAAUGAGGCACGGCAGUGCUUGAGUGCUCACAGCGGAAGAGACGGCAUCGCUCCUUGGACUGGCGUGAAUUACUGGUGUAUUCUCAUUCUGCUUAAUGCUGGAGAGUGGGGAAGCCUGCUGGGAGGGAUCUCUCUUCCCUCACAUAUCUACCUAUUAGGACUUGUAAAACCUCUGGCAGCCACAGCUCAUGCACUGAGAGAGAAGCACACUAGCAAGACAGUGUGGUAUGAUUUAUGGGAUGUAGUUGUUGGAAUAAUUGCCAACAGCUCACAGCAUAAACGGUCCAGCUCAGGCCAGUCCCUCUCUAUGGAGCGGCAUCAUGACUCAGUUGUCAUGAGUCGAUCUGCAUUUCUUGACUUUAUUGAAAAUUUACGUGACCCAACGUGCCUUUCAAUCCUCAUCUCCCUCCUGGGCCAUGUACUGAACCUCCUCAAUCAGGAGCCAAGCAGUGAGAUCCAUAUCGACCAUCUAGCCAUGUGGCCGCCAUCUGUCAGUGGAAAUGGAUGGAAGGAUAAAGUAAAAGACACUCUCACCUGGCUUGUUGAUCAUGCCACCAGGCUGUACCCCACCGGAACACAUACAAGUGCAGCCUUGUGUACCUCUUGGCAUCUGUCUAAGGCAGACUUAGCAUACAUGAGUGACCAGUACCACAACGCCUUGGCCGGCUACCUCACGGCAGUAUUUGUUGCCACAGACUUCCUCAGGAAUGACAAUGGAGUUGACCAGUCUGUUCUCACGGACAGCAUAAUCAGAAGAAUGAUAAGAUGCUGCAUGAAUCUCAAUUGCUACACACAAGCAGCUAUAUUGUGUCAGUUCCUGGAGAGCAUUGACUACAGCACAGCCCUCCGCUGCUUGCAAGAGAGAAAUGCUGUGGACGCCAUGGAUGCAUACUAUUCCUGUCUCUGGGAUGUCUCUCUCAUUGAGUUCAUAAUUAAUAUGCACCACAAGCGAGGCGAAGUGCACCGCAGAGACAAGGCACUCAAAAUGAUGGGUCUGCUUGAGGUCAACUCUAACAACAAUGAUGAGAUCCAGAGAGAAGCAGCAAAGGUGCGCAAACACAAGUUUCUGCGCUCCAUGGCCAAGCAGUACCUGUGAUGAAGGUGGAGGUGGGAGAGCACCAUGCUUCGGGAAGGAAUGAUUGAGUCCUAGUGAGCAGAGGCCCCCACGUAGUCAGGAAAGAAAAAUGACUUGGACUGGACUUCACAUUCACGUGGUUAUAUGCCCAGACCUUGUCAGGACUAAUGUAUCUAUUUACAUGAAGAGAAUGCAAUAAAUUUUCUUUAUAAAAAAUAUAAGUAUAUUGAUGCUCCUUUGCAUCUAUGUAACAGAAAGAAACUUAGGUCAAAGUUGAAUAUAUUAUGCAAAGGUAAGGUGUCUUCUGAAACCUGUCCACAGUGCUUAGUAUAAAUUUUGAUUAUACCAUCAGCAGGAUAAAGGGAGGCUGUCAUACCAGGAGGGAUAUUUGAGUGAAAGAAAUCAGUUAUGAAUACAUUUCUUGGUUAGACAAAGGAAGGAGCCAUGAGGAGCAAGACCACACUAUACAUUUAUACAGUGAUAGUGUGUUUCUAAGGGGUGCAAUACUCUUGAAUUCUGCCGUACGUCCCUCAAAGACGAGGACAUGGAAUGAUACAGUAAUAAACAUCUACUUCAAUGAUGCCACAAUGAUAGAAUGUAGAAUAAGCUUUUGCAAUUUGCAUGUUACUCGUGAAUGGUUGUAAUGCCAAUGACUAACACAAGUAUAUGCACUGCCACACAAUAUCCACCAACCAUCUUCAAUACUUCAAAACUGCUUUCAUCACUGGUAUCCAUAGUUAAAAUAGAUUUUCAGUUACAUUUUAUUUUUCUAUAUUUUUUACUAUAUUCUUCAUGGUAAAAUAUGCAAUAGAAAUGGUUAGUAUAAGUAGUUGGAGAAGGUGCAUAAAACAGCACAAGUGUAGAGGAAGAGUAUAGGAGAGAAUUAUAUAGAAAGACAACGUGGAAUUGAGCAACUAAUCGUACAAAUAGAUACCAGUGAUAGAAGCAGUUCCGGAAUAUUAAAAGUAUGGUGGAUAUUGUGUGGCAUUGCAUGUAUUUGUCAAAUCAUUGGAAUUAUAACUUACCUGAUCACAUAUAAACUGCAAAAGCUUAUUCUCUGUCCUAUCAUUAUGACAUGAUUAAAGUAGUUUUAUUUCUGGUUCUUUUAUUUGCUGUACUUACUAAAGAUUUAAUCUCCAUCACAAUAUUAGUCUUAUGUUAGCAGGAUGAGUAAUGGGCUUGCUACUCAUUCUUCGUAUCCCAUAAUAAUGAGCUCUUCUUAUACCUUAACCCUUUCAUUGCUAAACGCUCGCAGUGAGUGUUAGGCGUAUUUGCUUGUGGUGCUAAACGCUUGCUGCGAGCUCCACCUGCACUCAAAUCUCCCGCGUAUGAGAGUGUUCCAACACUAAUUCUCACAACACAAGAUUGCCAAUUGAGUGGGUUCUUCACUAAAUUUGGUGGAAAAUCAUAUCAGCCCAGCGCAGCAAAUCUACGGACAAGUAACUGGUGGAUGUUCUUGCCCAAUAUAGCGGCAUUUUUGCAUAGCUUCACCUAUCACCUGACUGAUUCUUUGAACAAAUAGUUGUAAAUAUUGCAGUUGACAAUACUCCCUUGCCAGAGUCUGAAGGAGAGAUGUCCAUAGUUACAUCAAUAUGGCUGAUCAUCCCGCACGCACCGACGUAAGUGUUAACAUUCAACACUCCCUGAACAUGCAUGUACAUUCGCAAGAGAGGCAUACAUAACCGACUCCUAUAGAUCUGGACUUCCUCUUUCCAGUGGUGUUUUUAGUUUUUAGCUGUGAUGAAUAGUUUUUGAGAUACAGAGGUUAAAAGAGACCCCCCAUUGGGCUGCCCGACUGCGCCUGAGGGGAUAGUCACGUCCGCACCGCGCGCAAGGAAAGGGUUAAGCCAUGCUGCACUCCUUACCCUCCCUUGCUAUGCAUCAGCCCUUGCCUUUAUCACAUGAUUUUUGUAAGUUAUUGAUUAGUAAAGGAAUUAGCUAAAAUUUAAGAGAUUAUUUUUGAAAAGAGAGGCCUGACAUGACUGCUGAAGUGUCAAUGGAACACUUUGUUGAACAGACUUCAGUACUGGGCAGAAGCUUCAAGCAAGACUCACCAGCCAUAACUGAAGUUUGAAAAAUGUAGGUUUACAAAGUAGGAAAGCCUAUGUGAAUUAAGUUCAGCAUGUAUGUAGCCUAUAUAGAUGUGUGUUAUGAAACUUGUAGUAUGGAAGUGUCAGUUUCAACAAAACUAGUACAAACUAUUCUUAAUACUAGUUCACCCACAGGAGGAGAUGGGAAACUGACACUUUACCUAUACCAGUAUUUAUUCAUAAAGUUUGUAUUUAAUUUAGAGGCAACCCAAUGCCUGUAGAAGCUCCCAGCCACCCUAAAAAUUAUUAGAUUUAAAGACUCACUUGCCACUAGGUUCCCAGUCCAUCUCUGCCUUGUAUAUGAAACUGCAGUGACUCAUUACAAUAUAAAUUUUGCAGAGGACUGUAUCAAUCAGCCUAUCCUGAUGUCUGUCCCUUGGAGCUCAAGGUAGAGGCUGUGGCACUUCACUCUCCCUAUUGUACUACCGAAUCCAAUUGUCUCAAGAACACCAAACUCAAGCUGUCAUGAACGAAGACAAGAUAUGGCAACGUCACUCUUCCUCCCCCCGGGUCUCCUGGGUUUGUUGACUGUCAGGUGUCUCUUAAUACUUUCCAGGUGUGU